CCUCCUGGAGAACAGUAAUCUACUAAUCUACUAUCUGUCUGUGCUAUAAUCUUCAUACCAAUCAUUAUUUACUGCACAAUCUUUAUUCGUUCAACUUUCGUUGAUACACUACACUCCACAACAGUUCAAAGUAAAAAACUACAGUGUUUCAAGUUUUAAUUAGCAGCUUGCAAACAUGACGACUGCUGCCCGACCGACGUUUGAACCAGCCCGCGGUGGCCAGGGCCGUGGAGAAAAUGAUCUCAGUGCCUUGUCUGUACAAUAUUCCAGCAGGGAUUUACCGUCACACACAAAAUUAAAAUACAGGGAACCUGGACAGGGCACAACUGAAGAGCUUCAGAAGCAAGAUUUUGCCAAAGUACUCGAAGAAAAAGAAAAAAAUGUUGGGACUAAAGCAAUAGGAGGUGAACCCCCGCUGAAAAAAAUACGUCCUGAACAUGUUCCGAUUGCAACAUUGGAUGUCGAUGAUCCUCUAGAUUUAGAUGCAUCAGAUGAUGAUGAUAGUGAAGAUGAUGCUGAAGAAUUAAUGUUAGAAUUACAAAAAAUUAAAAAAGAAAGAAUGGCUGAAGAAGCUCGUAUGGAAGCAGAUAAACGUGAAGCUGAGGAACAAAUCAGAAUCCAAAAUAUUCUUCAAGGAAAUCCGUUACUAAGCUAUGGAGGAGGAUCAGCAGUACCCAAAAUUAACCAAAAAGUCAAGAGACGCUGGAAUGAUGAUGUGGUAUUUAAAAAUUGUGCUCGCACAGAACCAGAAAAGAACACUACAUUUAUAAAUGAUUGCAUACGCUCAGAUUUUCAUAGAAAAUUUAUGGAUAAAUAUAUAAAAUAAUUUUAAC